UGGUCAAAAUAUGUUUGUCAUCUGUGUCAUUUUCGUUGCCGCUUGUCAUUGUGUGAAUCUUCAACAUUUAAUUUUCCAUAAUAUUUAAAUAGUAUUACGACAAAUAUGGCAUUUAUGGGAGACAUAAUGAAUCCUGCACCGCUUUGGCAGAACGGGCCCUCUCCUGGGGCCUUCUACAACUUUCCUGGAAAUUCAUCUUCUCUUGCCUCAAACCACACUCCACAAGAUUUCAAAGCUCACUCAGCAAGUCCUAUAACCACAACAACCACAGUCAUUGGUGUGAAAUUUGAUAAAGGCUGUGUCAUUGCUGGAGAUACUCUGGGUUCUUAUGGCUCCUUGGCCAGAUUCCGCGACUGUCCCAGAGUUAUGAAGGUCAACGACCUGAUCCUCCUUGGCUCGGGUGGUGAUUAUGCCGAUUUCCAGUAUUUGAAAGAUAUUAUUACUCAAAAAAUUAUUGAUGAGAAGUGUAUUGGAGAUGGUCUGCAGCUGAAGCCUCGCUCGCUACACUGCUGGCUGACUAGGGUUCUUUAUAACAAGAGGAGCAAGAUGGAUCCCUUGUGGAACAGCUAUGUUGUUGCCGGGAUUCAGGAUGGAGAACCCUUUCUUGGUGCUGUAGAUAAGUUGGGCACAGCAUACGAAGAUGCCGCCAUCGCGAAUGGCCUCGGCGCGUACAUGGCCACGCCACUGCUGCGUGACGCUUUGGAGAAGGGACCCUUGGACCAGGAGGCUGCUCUCGCCCUCGUCCGCAAAUGCAUGAAGGUGUUGUACUACCGCGACGCGCGCGCCUUCCAGCGCUACCAGAUCGGCGUGGUGACCGCGGAGGGCGUCACGGUGCACGACACCGAGGAGCUCCAGCCUGACUGGUCUCUCGCGCACAUGAUACACAUGAAGUGAAUAUGUUAAUAAAUGCGUUUUCUAGUA